AUCCUCAGGAAAAUUUCAAUUGAAUUCUCUUGAGUUUUCCUUGUAACCACAGUAAGAGAAAUACAAAGCAAAAGCUCUCACCGAGUUCUUUCUUCGCAUUCAUUUCCUUCCACUCAUCUCUCCUCUCGUACAUUAUUUAGUAUACGUGGGUUUCGAGAGGCUCGUCGAGCUCUAUACCGCGAAUUUUGUAUCGGGGCCGGACCCGUCUCACGUUGGUUAUCGUUCCCGCUGCCCUUUGCGGUGCACGUUCCUAGAGUCGUGUGGAGAUGGAGAUAGAGAGCGCCAAUGGGAGCGGCUUCCAUGGCCUUUGUGUCAAGAGCCGCCACGACCCGCUGAACUGGGGGGCGGCGGCGGAGUCCCUCAGCGGGAGCCACCUUGAUGAGGUGAAGCGGAUGGUCAGGGAAUACCGGAAGCCGGCGGUGCGCCUCGGCGGGGCGUCCCUCACGAUAGCACAGGUGGCGGCGGCGGCAAGCCGCGAGGGAGUCGAGGUCGAGCUCUCGGAGGCAGCCCGCCCCGGGGUCAAGGCCAGCAGCGACUGGGUCAUGGAGAGCAUGAACAAAGGGACCGAUAGCUACGGGGUCACCACCGGCUUCGGCGCCACUUCUCACCGUAGGACGAAGCAAGGUGGUGCUUUGCAAAAGGAACUCAUAAGGUUCUUGAAUGCCGGGGUCUUCGGGAACGGCACGGAGUCAUGCCAUACCCUGCCUCAAUCCUCCACCAGAGCCGCCAUGCUGGUCCGGGUCAACACCCUCCUCCAGGGCUACUCCGGCAUCAGGUUCGAGAUCCUCGAGGCCAUCACCAAGUUCCUCAACCACAACAUCACCCCGUGCCUGCCCCUCAGGGGCACCAUCACCGCCUCGGGCGACCUGGUCCCGCUCUCCUACAUCGCCGGGCUCCUGACGGGCCGGCCCAAUUCCAAGGCCGUCGGGCCCAACGGGAAAUCCCUGGAUGCCGUCGAGGCGUUCCGGCUUGCCGGGAUCGAUUCGGGCUUCUUUGAGCUGCAGCCCAAGGAAGGGUUGGCGCUCGUGAACGGCACGGCGGUCGGGUCUGGGUUGGCUUCCAUCGUCCUCUUCGAUGCCAACAUACUUGCGGUCCUGUCAGAGGUCCUGUCGGCGAUCUUUGCCGAGGUGAUGCAGGGGAAGCCGGAGUUUACAGACCACUUGACGCAUAAAUUGAAGCACCAUCCCGGGCAAAUUGAGGCUGCAGCUAUAAUGGAGCAUAUUUUGGAUGGAAGCGCUUAUGUGAAGGCUGCUAAAAAAUUGCAUGAGAUGGAUCCACUUCAGAAGCCAAAGCAGGACAGGUACGCUCUCAGGACAUCUCCCCAGUGGCUAGGGCCCCAGAUCGAGGUAAUCCGAGCAGCAACCAAGAUGAUCGAGAGGGAAAUUAAUUCGGUUAACGACAACCCACUCAUUGACGUCUCGAGGAACAAGGCCCUGCAUGGUGGGAACUUUCAGGGGACCCCGAUUGGUGUCUCCAUGGACAACACUCGCCUAGCAAUCGCUUCCAUCGGGAAGCUCAUGUUUGCGCAGUUCUCGGAGCUUGUCAACGACUUCUACAACAAUGGGCUGCCCUCAAAUCUGUCAGGCGGGCGCAACCCUAGCCUUGACUAUGGCUUCAAGGGCGCAGAGAUUGCCAUGGCGGCAUACUGCUCGGAGCUCCAAUUCCUUGCCAAUCCCGUUACCAACCAUGUCCAGAGUGCGGAGCAGCACAACCAGGAUGUCAACUCCCUCGGCCUGAUCUCGUCAAGGAAGACCGCUGAGGCAGUCGACAUAUUGAAGCUCAUGUCUUCCACUUUCCUGGUUGCUCUGUGCCAGGCCGUUGACCUGAGGCAUUUGGAGGAGAACCUGAAGAGCACAGUGAAGAACACGGUCGGCAGGGUGGCCAGGAAAGUCCUGACAGUGGGCGCCAAUGGCGAGCUCCACCCGUCUCACUUCUGCGAGAGGGACCUGCUUAAAGUGGUUGAUCGCGAGCACGUGUUUGCCUAUGCCGAUGACCCCUGCAGUGCCACUUACCCGCUGAUGCAGAAACUGAGACAAGUCCUAGUUGAUCAGGCGCUGGUGAACGGCGAGAGCGAGAUGAACCCGAGCACCUCGAUCUUCCAAAAGAUCGGGGCUUUUGAGGAGGAGCUCAAGGCCCAGCUGCCAAAGGACGUCGAGGGCGUUCGAGCCCAAUACGAGAAAGGCAGCCUCGCCAUCCCCAACCAAAUCAAGGAAUGCAGGUCGUAUCCAUUGUACAAGCUGGUGAGGGAAGAGCUGGGGACUUCCCUGCUCACAGGCGAGGAUGUGAUAUCACCCGGUGAGGACAUCGACAAAGUCUUCACUGCGAUUUGUGCUGGAAAAUUGAUUGAUCCACUGCUGGAGUGCCUAAGUGGUUGGAACGGUGCCCCUCUUCCCAUCUCUUAGGGAAGGAAAUGUCUUAGAUUCUUUCUUUCUUCCUGUUACUUGCCAAGUAAAUCUCAUGCACGAAAUCGUUUAUUUCAAGAGGCAAUUGUAUUUUCUUGUUUUCGGUAUGUUCCUUUUGUCUUCUCACAAGUGAAGAACUCUGGUAUAUAGAUACUGAGUACACUUUUUACAUGA